AUGGCUUCGACAGAGGAGAAAGCGACAACCGCUCACGGUGAGCGCUCGUCCAACAGCUCUACCGACAAUGCAGCUGGUCUUGCUGUUGCUUUCGAGGAGGGCAAGGACCCCGGUCUGAGCGAUGCCCAUCUCUGCAGCGAGGCCGACAACAAGCGCAUCCUUCGCAAAACCGACAUAUACAUGCUCUCACUUCUCUGCAUGGUCUACUUCCUCCAGUCAGCAGACAAGGGCAUCAUUGGUUUGACGGCCGUUUACGGACUCAAGACGGAUGCAAAGCUCAAGGGCAAUGACUAUUCCAACAUUGGUAACAUCGGUUACUAUGCGCAACUUGCCGUUCAGCCUAUCGCUGCCUGGAUUCUCGUCAAGGCACGAUACCGUCAGGUUCUGCCCGUUAUCAUCACUUGCUGGGGGAUAUCGGUCGCUGGAGGUCUUGGUGGAUCAAGGAGCUACGCCGGUCUACUCGCAUCACGUUUCUUUCUCGGUGCUUUCGAGGCUGCAGUCAUUCCCCUGUUCUCCAUCAUCACCAUCGCCUUCUAUAGACGUUCAGAGCAGCCAUUCCGCGUUGCAUGCUGGUACAGCUGCUACGGUCUUAGCACCUUGCUUAGUGCCCCCAUCGUCUACGGUUUUGGUCGUGUUCACUCGCACACCCUCUACAGGUACCAGAUUGUCUACCUCUUCUUCGGUCUUCUCACCAUCGUGAUUGGGCUUGGUACAUACUGGUGGGCUCAUGACAGCCCUGGAGAGGCUCGCUACCUUUCACCUGAAGAUCGCCUCAAGGCUGUCGACCGCUUGAAGGCCAACCAGCAGGGUAUCGUCUCGCACAAGUUCAACUGGAAGCAUGUUUGGGAGGCUUGGUUGGAGCCUAAGUACUGGUUGUACAUGAUCAUGGUCAUUGCUGUCAAUGCCGGCGCAUCCGUCUCUUCCGUCUUCGGUUCAAUCAUCCUUCAAAACUUGGCAGGUUUCACCGCCGACGAGGCAGUUCUUCUCAACAUGCCUUUCGGCGCUCUCCAAUUCUUUUCGAUUCUCCUCGCAUCUUGGCUGGCAUACCGCUUCAAGCGCAAGUCGCCCUUCUUGCUCGGUCUGGUCACCAUUGUAAUCGUCGGUGUUGCACUGAUGGUUGCUCUACCCAAAACCAAGGCGAAUAAAGGCGGUCUUCUCGCCGGUUACUACUUGAUUGCUUUCGUCUACGCUAUUAACCCUCUACUCAUCUCGUGGAUGGGUGGUAACUGCGCUGGACAGACCAAGAAAGCGAUCUACUACACGUCCUUCAAUGCCGGCAACUCCAUCGGCAACAUCAUCACUCCGUACAUCUUCGACUCCAAGUUUGCUCCACAAUACGUAAGCGCAACAUCACCUUCUGUCAACGCACUCAAGGGUAUCAUGAUCAUCUGGUGCAUCCUGUGGGGCGUAGUCGUCGCACAGAUCUUCCUCAUUACCUGGAUGCAGAAGAAGAAGGGUGACCAGCGUGAGGCUGCCGGCCUUCCUAGGGAGUUCGUGGAUUACUCUAUGGAUGGUACCUUUCACGAGGCUGGUGCGGAGGUCCACGGCGAGAAUGGUCUUGCAGACAUGACGGACAAGGAGAACUUGUACUUCCGUUACCUGUUGUAA